AUAGAGGAGUGGAAGUGUGUAAUCAAAAGUCUCAUAUCUAUGGUAUGGUAUUAAAAUUGAUCAUUUAUAAAGUUAUGUAGAUUUACUGUUUUCUUUAAAAGACUUCAGUUUUUGAAAAAAAUAAUAUAUGCUGAAAUGUGGUUUUUUUACUUAAUGAGUUGGAUAGCACUUAUCGUCCAGAUAUGUUUCAUUACAAUAUCCGUUGCGGCUGGCCUGUAUUAUGUAGCAGAAUUAGUGGAAGAAUAUACUGUUGCAACAAAGAAAGUGAUAUGGUGGAUGAUUAUGGUGACCCUGCUCGUCUACGCCGGCCUGGUCCUGUUUGAGGACUUCCCCGCGUGGAUGCUGGCCUGCGGCGUGCUGGGCCAGGCGGCCCACCUGCUCAUCCUCAACACCUUCCCCUACUUCAAGCUGUCGUCGCCGGCGUUCGCGCUGUCCGUGCUGCUGCUGCUGCUCAACCACUACCUGGCCUUCCAGUUCUUCUCCUCCGUCCUGUACUCCUUCUCCGAGGUCCUGGCUUACUUUACACUGUGCUUGUGGCUUGUGCCAUUUGCGUUAUUUGUAUCACUUUCUGCCAACGAAAAUAUUUUGCCAACCGUAGCAGAGAGGAGACAUUUACUAGAUGACAAUGAUGUAGUGACCAACUAUUUCUCCCAAAAAGGGAAGAAAUAUGGACUCCUAACGUUUUUCAACUAUGCGAAGGAUUCUAUUCUUCCGCAGAGAAAUAAAAAAGUGUUCUGAGGUGGGUAGCACUCCUACCCUGUUACAAUUGCGCUUGUGUUCACACUAAUUUUAAGUCAGUGCUUUAAUCUUUUUGAACAGAGUUGGUUUAAUACAUCACCUUGACAAUACGGUAUUACAAAUUUUGAAACAUAUCCAUGACUGUCUCAGAACUUUGUUUUUGUUAAUUAGUGUUAUGUUAUUGAUUUGUUUAUAUGUAUUGAAAUGUAAAUAGCUUCAGUCUUAUUUAUUUUUGUAUAAGAUAUUUUUAGCGAUAGUUCCCUAAAUGUUGUGUAUGAUUAGUAUGUAAUUCUACAUAAUACAUGUGAGAACUUUCUAUUUGGGAAGAAAGUCAAAAAUGUGUGGGUGUCUACCAGGUUACAAAAAUAAGAAAGUCACAGAGAAGUCCCUAAAUAAACAGCAAUUGCUGAAAUUCAUGAUUUUUAAUUUUCGGCAGCUAUUUGCUAACUUGUGUUUUGUUUUUCGAAGACUCACUUCAGUUUAUGAUCAGUUGCACAUUAAAUAUAAAUAUGGUCGGAGAGUGACCACUUCAUCAUGUAGAAUUUUUUCUGAAAAGCUUGUUUGCUUUCCAAUGCAAAAAUACUUUUUUUGCUAAUAGUAAAAAAAUUUCAUGUUAGGUUUAUUUUGCUUAUUAUAUUUAAAAAUUACAGUGUGACACACUGAAAUGUCCUGAAAGUUUCCUGAAAAUUACGUUUAUCCAGACUUUGUAGGUGUGGUGUAUAACACCUUGCUCAUUGUCUUUAAAAAAAAAUUAAAAUGUGGGAUAGAUUUGAAUGUAAUUUUAAAAAAUCAUAUUUGUUUUACAUACUACUAUGUUUGAAAACCUGUGAUAAAAUUUUUUACACAUAAGAAAUGCAUUUGUCAUUGUUGCAUGUGUUCUGGUUUUGAAGUGCAAUGUUACCUUCUUUUUUUUAAAAUUAUUUGUUGUGUAAAGAUGAUGUCAUUAUGUGCAAUUUAAAAAAUUUUCAAGUUCUUCAAAGAUUCUUUUGGUAAACUGUUUCUUCCACUACUUUUACUGUAUUUUAGAUAGUAGACUGUUGGUGUCUACUAAGAGUCACACUAUUUUACUUACUGUAAAGACUUUGCGGGAUUUGAACAGUUUUAACAUACAUUUUUAUAUUUUUAAAGUUAUUUACCAAUAUUAUUUUGAUUAAAAAAUUUUGAAUUUAAA